GGUGCCAGGGUGUGGCUGCGGGAGCAGGACCAGCUGCAGCCAUGCACUGUUGGCUUGUGUGCCGAUGGAAGUGUGCUCUUCACCUCGGAUUAUGGCACAGUAUUCCAGUACCCCAAGGCCUCCCUUUCCAGAGAAAAGGUCUUGCCAAUGCACCAGACCAGUGUUGAUGGAGUAGAAGACAUGUCCAUGCUGGGAGAUCUGCAUGAGCUGCUGAACCUGCACCAGCGCUACCAACAGGGUAACAUCUAUACAAACAUUGGCUCCAUCUUGGCAUCAGUCAAUCCCUACAAGCCCAUCCCUGGUCUGUACAGUGUGGAUGCCAUAGACCUGUACAGACAGCACCGCCUGGGUGAGCUGCCUCCCCACAUCUUUGCCACUGCUAACGAGUGCUACUGCUGCUUGUGGAAGCGUCAUGACAGCCAGUGUGUUCUGAUAAGUGGAGAAAGUGGAGCUGGAAAGACUGAGAGCACCAAGUUGCUGCUGAAAUUUCUGUCAGCCAUGAGCCAGACCUCCCUUGGGGCCCCUGCAGUUGAGAAGAGCACUCAUGUGGAAGAAGCCAUCCUGGAAAGCAGCCCCAUUCUGGAGGCCUUUGGAAAUGCCAAAACAGUUUAUAACAACAACUCCAGCCGCUUUGGCAAGUUCAUCCAGCUGCACUUCUCUCAGCAUGGACACAUCCAGGGAGGACGAGUAACUGACUAUUUACUGGAAAAGAACAGAGUGGUACACCAGAACCCCGGAGAGAGGAAUUACCACAUCUUUUAUGCUCUGCUAGCUGGUGUGAGUGGGGAGCAGAAAGAGAGCCUUUCCCUCUCUGAGCCAGAGACUUAUCACUACUUGAACCAGUCUGGUUGUGUGACUGAUGAGAACCUGAACGAUGGAGAAAUGUUCAGUAAGGUCAUGACUGCCAUGAAGGUGGUGGACUUCAGCACUGAAGAAAUCAGAGACAUCUUCAAACUUCUUUCUGGCACACUUCAUUUGGGAAACAUUGAAUUCAUGACAGCUGGCGGGGCCCAGAUUACAACGAAAGCAGUGCUGAACAUUGCCAGCGACCUCCUGGGCUUAGACGCCUUCCAGCUUUCCGAAGUACUGACACAGAGGUCCAUGAUUCUGCGUGGGGAAGAGAUCAGCUCCCCUCUCACUGUGGAACAGGCAGCUGACUCCAGGGACUCCCUGUCUAUGGCGCUGUAUUCCCAGUGUUUUUCAUGGCUCAUUAACAAGAUUAAUACGAAGAUCAAAGGCAAGGAAAACUUUAAGUCUGUGGGCAUCCUGGAUAUCUUUGGCUUCGAGAACUUUCAGGUGAACCGUUUUGAGCAGUUUAACAUUAACUAUGCAAAUGAGAAACUCCAAGAGUAUUUCAACAAACACAUCUUCUCCUUGGAGCAGCUGGAGUACAACAGGGAAGGGAUAAACUGGGAAGCCAUUGACUGGAUGGAUAAUGCUGAGUGCCUGGACCUUAUCGAGAAGAAACUGGGUCUCCUGGCUUUGGUGAAUGAAGAGAGUCGAUUCCCCAAAGGCACAGACAACACCCUUCUGGAAAAACUUCACAGCCAGCAUAUGAGCAACCAAUACUAUGUGAAGCCUCGGGUAACAGACCAUCAGUUUGGCAUACGACAUUACGCUGGGGAGGUGCUAUAUGAUGUGAGAGGCUUCCUGGAGAAGAACAGAGACACCUUUCGAGAUGACAUUUUAAAUAUGUUGAAAGACAGCAGGCUGGACUUCAUCUAUGACCUCUUUGAAAGAGUCUGCAGUCGUUGCAGUGAAGAGACACUGAGGAUGGGCACCCAGAGGCGCAGACCAACUGUCAGUUCUCAGUUCAGGGAUUCUCUCCAUUCCCUGAUGGCCACGCUUAGUACUUCCAACCCAUUCUUCAUCCGCUGCAUCAAACCAAAUACAGAAAAGGCACCAAACCUCUUCAGUCCCGAUGUAGUGCUGAAUCAGCUCCGGUACUCAGGGAUGCUGGAGACAGUGAAAGUUCGGAGAGCAGGUUUCCCUAUACGGCGCCUUUUCCAGGACUUUCUCAGCAGGUACAAGAUGCUUGUGAAGGGGCCAAGUUUCUCAGUCAACAGCAAAGCUGUAUGUGCAGGCUUUCUUCAGACCUAUGACAGCAGCAAGAGAGAUUGGCAGUUGGGUAAAACCAAGGUUUUCCUGAAGGAAGCUCUUGAGCAGAAGCUGGAGAAGGAUCGGGAAGAGGAGUUGAGGAAAGCAGCCAUAGUCAUCCGAGCCCACGUCUUGGGCUACAUGGCAAGGAAGAAGUAUCAAAAGGUGCUAGCCAGUGUUGUGAUAAUCCAAAAGAACUACCGAGCGUACUUCUGGAAGAAGAGCCUGCUGCGACUGAAGGCCUCUGCAGUCACCCUGCAGAAGCACUGGCGUGGCCGCCUGGCUCGCAGCCUCUACCAGCACCUGCUGCAGCAGGAACUCAGGCAGAAGCAGGAAGCAGAGGAGAGAAGGAGGCGAGAAGAGGAAGAGCAGAUCAGAAGAGAGGAAGAGGAAAGACAAUGGCAAGAAGAGGAGGAGUGUAGGAGGAAACGGGAAGAGGAAGAGGUGAAGGAAAG